CCUUUAUCCGGUAGUGGAACUUAGCCUGUUAGUCUCCCUUGACUAUCAACCAACAAACCUAUAAUAACCGUCUGUGUUGUGUAGGCUAUGGACAGCAGUGAACUGCAGAGUUCGCAGGCGUCGGGUGGGCGGAGUCUUUUUCCUUGCGUGUUGUCAUCACUGCGAUAGGUGCUGGAUGGAUAUCGCUAUGGUCUGUGCCACUUCAGUCUGAGCCUGGAGGCUGACACCGCAAGAGAGAGAUGCGAGACCGACUACCACAGUUUCAACUGGUUUUACCCCAGUAAGGAUAACUAGCAACGUCGCAGCCUGGACAGGACACUACUCACAUUUUGAGAUCCAACCCUUCCAGCUGUCGUUCUGCAUUGGCGGCACGCUGUGAGAAAAGACUCCACUCCGCUGUGCCUCAGCGCCCCUCAGACACUUGUCCUUGACAUCCAAAUGCUGUGUGUCGAGCAUCGUGCCAGCCGCCUUUUGUGAGUUAUGACGACGGCUGCUUUGCUGACUCAGGAAAGAGGCUCCUCCUCCGCUCACCAGUGAGCAAAUCACAUGAUGUAAUGAAGAAGGGUCCUGAAAGUCUGCUCUUCUAGGAGUCUGCCAGCAGGGUAUGAGUAUUUUGAGCCCUGUGACAGAUAACAAAUCAAACCUCGUGGGAAUUGUGGGAGGCCCAGAAGAAUACUCCAGAGCCAUGCAGUCAGAGGAGCUAUUCAACAGGAAACUCAAAGCCCUGAAUGGAAACAUGGGACCACCAGCCCCCAACAUGCAGGGGAAACCUGAAGGCGCAGGCAAAACAAAUGGUACUCCAGCCAUGCCUAAAAUGGGUGUCAGGGCCAGGGUGACAGACUGGCCACCUAGGAAAGAUGGAUGGGACGGACGGCCUUCACCGAACUAUCAGAGUGUGAUACCAGUAUUUCAGAACGGCCAGCAGGAACAUACUGUGGAAAUACUGGAGCAAGGCGAAUCAGUCUGCCUGGAGGUAGACUACUCUGACAAAUAUACACUGAGUGACCUCCUCAGCCACUCCCCACUGAAGGGUCUACAUCCUAUCCGCCAACGCAGUAACAGCGACGUUACCAUUAGUGACAUUGACUCUGAGGACAUAAUGGACCAGAAUGCUGUCAAUCCAAACACUGGGGCCUCGCUGCACCGUGAAUACGGCAGCACAUCCUCCAUUGACCGUCAGGGCCUGAGUGGAGAUGGCUUCUUUACCAUGCUUAGGGGCUAUCGAGUGGACACCCUGGACCACCGUAGCAUACCACCUUUGGGUUUCCCCGAGUUGUUAAGGUGCGACGCCUCCCUCUCCCCUAGCCUGCAGACAGCAGCCCAGAUCGCCAGGGGUGAGAUAGUCCACAUUCCAGGCUACGACUACAUAGACAAUGCUCUCCUCUACAGCCGGGAGCCAGAGAGGUCCUUCAUGAGGCGUCUUAAAUCUGAAUCAUCUGAAACAUCUCUGUUCAGGAAACUGCGGACCAUAAAGAGUGAGAGUGACGCCUUGCGGCUCUCAAUAGAGGAUGACCGGCGACCACUCAGCUUCCAAAAAUGCUUUGCACACUAUGACGUCCAGAGCGUUCUUUUCAACAUAAGUGAGGCGGUGGCAAGCAGAGCUAACCUGAGCCAGAGGAAGAACACCACUACUGGAGCUUCAGCUGCCUCAGCUGGACUAGGGCCUGGAGCUGUCGGGGUGCCUGGAGGUGGAGCUGUGGCUGGACCCGGAGCAGGGAUAGAUGGCGGAGCAGCAGGAUGUAGCAGUGGAAAUGCACCCAUGUUUGAGUCUCCACUAGGCAGCAGGGAGGACUUGAACCCAAAGGAGAACCUGGAUGCUGAUGAGGGGGACGGGAAGAGCAACAGCUUAGUGCUGAGCUGUUCACACUUUCGCAAUGAGAUCGGUGGGGAGGGCGAGAGGAGGAUCUCCCUCUCCAGAGCCAACAGUGCCAACUACAGUGGUUUGUCAGAGAGCUGCUCUUUUGAAUCGUCUUUAAGUUCCCACUGCACCAAUGCGGGAGUCUCUGUACUGGAGGUGCCUCGAGAAAACCAGCCUAUCCACAGGGAGAAGGUCAAGCGCUACAUCAUAGAGCACAUAGACCUCGGAGCGUACUACUACCACAAGUACUUCUAUGGGAGAGAGCAUCAAAACUACUUCGGGGUCGAUGACAAUCUGGGACCGGUGGCUGUCAGUGUCCGCAGGGAGAGGCUGGACGAUGGGAAGGAGAAAGAGGGAAUGCAGCACAACUAUCGAGUCACCUUCAGAACCAGUCAGCUGACCACACUCCGUGGAGCCAUCCUGGAGGAUGCCAUACCAUCCACUGCAAGACACGGCACAGCCCGCGGCCUGCCACUGAAAGAAGUGCUGGAAUACGUCAUCCCUGAGAUUAAUAUCCAGUGUCUGAGGCUGGCCAUCAACUCCCCCAAGGUUCCGGAGCAGCUACUCAAGCUGGACGAGCAGGGGCUAAGCUUCCAGCACAAGGUGGGGGUGCUUUACUGCAAGGCCGGCCAGAGCACAGAGGAAGAGAUGUACAACAACGAGAGUGCCGGACCGGCACUGGAAGAGUUCUUGGAUCUGCUUGGCCAGAGGGUGCGCCUCAAAGGCUUCACCAAGUACAGAGCUCAGCUGGAUAACAAGACGGACUCCACAGGCACACACUCUCUCUAUACCACCUAUAAGGACUAUGAGCUGAUGUUUCACGUGUCCACCAUGCUCCCCCACACACCCAACAACAGACAGCAGUUAUUAAGGAAGAGGCACAUUGGCAAUGAUAUCGUCACCAUAGUAUUCCAGGAGCCCGGGGCCCUUCCUUUCACUCCCAAACACAUCCGCUCUCAUUUCCAGCAUGUGUUUGUCAUCGUCAAGGUCCACAACCCCUGCACUGAUAACGUCUGCUACAGCGUGGCCGUGUCCAGAUCUAAAGACGUGCCUCCGUUCGGCCCCCCUAUUCCCAAGUCUGUAACUUUCCCAAAGUCAGCAGUAUUCAGGGACUUCCUGCUCGCCAAGGUCAUCAACGGAGAAAACGCCGCGCACAAGUCAGAGAAGUUCCGAGCCAUGGCGACUCGUACGCGGCAGGAGUACCUGAAGGACCUGGCUGAGAACUUUGUUAGCACAGCCACUAUUGACUCCGCUGUCAAAUUCAGCUUCAUCACCCUCGGAGCCAAGAAGAAGGAGAAGGUGAAACCCAGGAAGGACGCACAUCUGUUCAGUGUUGGCGCCAUCACCUGGAGCGUCCGUGCACGGGACUUUGGCCAGUCGAUGGACGUGGACUGCUUGCUCGGCAUAUCCAAUGAGUUUAUUGUCCUCAUCGAGGAGGAAUCCAAAAAUGUGGUCUUCAACUGCUCUUGUCGUGACGUCAUUGGAUGGACCUCAGGGAUUAUGAGCAUUAAGAUCUUCUAUGAGCGAGGGGAGUGUAUCAUGCUGUCUGCCCACGACAACUGCGGAGAAGACAUCAGGGAGAUGGUGCAAAGACUAGAGAUCACCACGAGAGGUUGCGAGACGUCAGAGAUGACUUUGCGUCGGAACAGCCUCGGCCAGCUCGGUUUCCACGUCAACUUUGAGGGCAUCGUGGCCGACGUGGAGCCCUUUGGCUUCGCCUGGAAGGCAGGGCUGAGGCAGGGCAGCCGACUGGUGGAGAUCUGCAAGGUGGCUGUCGCUACUCUCACCCACGAGCAAAUGAUUGACCUGCUGCGCACAUCCGUCAGCGUCAAAGUGGUUAUAAUCCAGCCUCAUGAAGACGGCGCUCCCCGAAGGGGCUGUUCCGAGCUUUACCGCAUACCCAUGGUGGAGUACAAAGUCGACAGCGAGGGUACACCCUGCGAGUACAAGACACCCUUCAGGAGAAACACCACCUGGCAUCGGGUGCCCACAGCUGCUGCGCCACCGCUAUCCCGGGGCUCACCCACGCAGGGCCCUGAUCGCCUGCAGUGCCAGCAGAUCCUCCAGCAGCACCAAGCAGCUAUCCCACGAAGCACCUCCUUCGAUAGGAAGUUGCCAGACGGGUCCAGGACGAUGCAGGAUAUGGAGAACCCCCAGGUCACCUCAUGUAACAAGGGAGACCAGCACUACCGCAGCUCCCCCAGUAACCAGUCCUCCUCCAGUGAUCCAGGACCUUGUGGCAGUGGCACAUGGUCCCAGCAGCCUGGAUACGAUGGGUGCCCCUCCCCUAUCCUCCAUGAGCGGGCAGGUGACAUCCAGGGGGGUGACGGAGAGAUCCACAGGGAACGGGAGCCCACCCUGGAGAGGACAAGAUCUGCAGAGGCCAAAUGGCACAUCCCCUCCACGAAGAUCCUGAACCCUCUGAAGCAAAGAGAAGGAGGCAAAGACUCGCCCAACAAGCUGUCCAGGACGGGUGAUAAAAACUCUAGCCACUCGAGUAGCAACACUCUCUCAAGCAAUGCCUCCAGCAACAGCGACGAUAAGCACUUUGGCUCUGGAGACUUGAUGGACCCGGAGAUGCUGGGCCUCACUUACAUCAAAGGAGCGUCAACAGACAGCGGCAUCGACACUAAUCCCUGCGUGGCCCCUGGUGCCCGGGUGUUGCUGCAGGGCAGGGUGGGGGAUCAGGGACACCACUGGGUGUCAGAGCACCAUGAGGAUGGGGCGUCGGAAGAGGAUCAUGGGAAACUGUACCUGCCACAGGGCUACGCCUCUGCCAUUAUGUCUAGUCAUGUGACGGAAGGAAGCAUCGGGGACCUGAGCGAAAUCUCAUCCCAUUCAAGUGGCUCACACCACUCUGGCAGUCCCCUGGCCCGUGGGGCCAGAUACUGUAUGUCCGCUGACUCCUCCAAGGUGUACACCAUCCCCCAGACCAGCAGCUCAGGGCCAGGGCCAGAGCCGGGGCAAGAGCUGGGGCCGGAGCCCAGCUCAGAGGCUUGUGGACAGACACACCCACAGUCCGAUUGCAAACUUCCAGUGGGCAUGAAGACGACUGAUGAUGAUGUUGAUGCCCACAGCACUGAGGGACCUCCCAACAUUUCAGAGUGUGGAGGAGCGGAGAGCUUGUUAGCGUUCCUUCUCACAAUGCUGUCUGAGCGUUCAAGGCAGCUGUACGCACAGGAGGCCGCCUGCCAGCUCCAGGCUUCUGAGCGCGAUGAAAAAUCACUGCGGAGACUUUCGAAAGAAGAAUAUCUUAAAAUGAUGUUGCCCGACAGCCCUCCAGGAGAAGACCGGAGUCGUAAGGUGUCAGCAGUGGGCAGUUUGUCACCCAGACGCACCCUUUACCGGACGCUAUCGGACGAGAGUGUGUGCAGUAACCGCAAGGGUUCGUCCUACGCCAGCUCGCACAGCUCCAUGCUGGACCAAACAAUGCCUAAUGACAUCCUAUUCAGCACCACCCCACCUUACCACAGCACACUGCCUCCUCGCAUGGUUCACAACCAGGGAGCAUCCAACCUACGGAAUGAGUUUUGGUUCUCUGACGGUUCCUUGGCGGACAGGUCCAAGUUCAGCGACCCGGGCCUCAUGCCCCUCCCAGACACUGCCACAGGCCUGGACUGGUCUCACCUGGUUGACGCAGCACGAGCCUUUGAAGACCAGCGCGUGGCGUCUUUCUGCACCAUGACGGACAUGCAGCGGGCGGAGGCUCUGCAGAUCUCAAGAGAGCUAACCAGACGAGUGGUGGAGGCAGAGGGAGCAGCACUGGAAGCAGACGGCCCCCCCUCCACACUAACUGGCAAAGUCAACCAGUUGGAGGUGAUCCUCAGGCAGCUGCAGCAUGACCUCAGAAAGGAGAAAGAGGAUAAGGCGAUGUUGCAGGAGGAGGUGCAGCACCUGAGACAGGACAACAUGCGACUGCAGGAGGAGAGCCAGACGGCGGCGGCUCAGCUCAGGAAGUUCACAGAGUGGUUUUUUCACAGCAUUGACAAGAAACCCUGAGAGAGAGAGAGAGACCUGCAGGAAGGGAGUGGGAGAUGGCCUUCACUCCUCCUGGGCACCCACUCAACUCCUACUUAAGACUCCCAGAUGAUCCACAGGCAAACAAAACUAUAGAACAAACCAUUACCAGCCCCCAGAGUAAUCAAGACUCUUUAAAAAGCCCCCUGUUUAGGAGACUGUAGUGCAGCCCUGUGUGGAGAGACUUGAAAUCCUGAUCUGGACCUUAUUUUUGGGAUCCUCCUCCGUCUGAAGUGCAGGGCUGUUUCUGACAUUAACAGUUUCUUUAUCCUGGCAAAAUAGACUCUUGGGAAAGCUUCUCAUCUCCUGUGCUGGAGAGGAAUUGAGAAAGGCAACCCCAGGGCCCCGCCCAAGUCCCUGGGAUCUUCUUACAGUAGUGGAAUGUAAAGCUCAUUUACUGUAGUCAACAUAUAAUCUACCUACGUAUGUCACGUCAGUCUACUGUACUGUAUAGUCAGCUGUACUGUAUCGUACUGCACACACUGUCACACAGCUGUUUCUGUGCCGGCCUUCACGGACACAGGAAAGUAAAGAGGGGAGGAAUGUACUGGACAUAAUGAAGUGGUACUUACUGUCUGCUUGCACCAAGAGGAAUCCACAUGUGGCGGUCUUGAAACAUAUAGCGGGGGUGGGAAUGAAUGUAGCUCAACUGACCCUUUUUUUCCUGAUUUCUGUUUCCCAAAAGUUUCAUGGUUUUGGUGUUUCGGGCCAUUUUCUUUCAAUGAAUUCCACUUUUUCUUUUCCUCAGUGUUGUAAUGUAGGGUCACAUGGCAGUAAUUUUGAUGUUUAAAGGUGCUUUCCCUACACACAUUUUCGUCAGUAGUUUCCAUUCACUGUCACGAUGUCCUAGCAAUAAUGAAGUGGUAGUUACGAAACUGUUAAAAAAAAUAAAUAAAAAAAAAUAAAAAGAAGUUAGCACAAACGUGAAGAGUUCCUGUCGAGAAGCAGUUGUACUUGACAUGUAUUUAUAAAACAGGAAGAGACUGUGCCUAAAACUCUUGGUUGUAAAUGGAUUUCUCUUUGCUUUUAAUUCUCUUUUAUAAACACAUGCCUUGUCUGUGGCUCACUGAUAUAAAAUCGUGUGUGUGUGUGUGUGUGUGUGUGUGUGUGUGUGUGUGUGUGUGUGUGUGUGUGUGUGUGUGUGUGUGUGUGUGUGUGUGUGUGUGUGUGUGUGUGUGUGUGUGAUCAUCACAUCAAAAUGUGUUCUUAUGCAGUGGUUUCUAGAGCAUUAGAGCAAGCGCCAGUGAACCACACUUACAAUGCCAAAUGUGUUUAUUUCUGUACAUAUCUGCCACAGAAGUGUCUUGUAUUUAACACUAUUAUUUAAGCUUAUUUAACCUAAAGUUGUUUAUUUUAUUAAGGGUAUUUUUUUUUCUGCACUAAGGAGAAAUAAAGCUCUGUGUAUGUUGUAAAGUGUGUAGCUUGCCAGGGCAAAAAAAACCUAUAUAUUUAAAUAUAUAAAUGAUGAUUUUGGAGAUUCCAACAUUUGGAUGCUGCUAGAUUACAAUUUGCUGGUUUGUAUGCUUUUAAAAAAUGGCUCUCUCCGUAAACUGUCUCACCCCUGGUGGGACACUGGUUGCUUUUUUUGUUUGUUUUUGUUCUAUUUUUGUUUUUUUAAUAAAUGUAGUUGUAAAAAUAAGUGAUUUUUGUGUUUUUAAUGUUUCUAUUUCUAGCAUUCUUAACCAAAAGCAGUGACUUGAAAUUGUUCUGAAGGCUAAUCUGAUCCUGUAUAGUAAAUUCAAACCCAGUGGUGUUAAAGGAUAGAUUCCUGUUGAUUUUCAAUUCUGUCUUAAACGUACAAUAUGUAAUUGUCUGCCGCUAGGGGUCUCUCAAAUGAAACACAGACUUUUGAUGACGUCAUAAAGUUGCGUAGGAUCAUGGGAGUUGUUGUCUUCGUUUUUAAACAACCAGCAUUGUCGAUGAAAAUGUAUCUGUUCACGGACAAGUCAAUGUAUUAAAGUUUUAUUCACGUUACGU